ACCUCGUGAUCUGCCCGCCUCGGCCUCCCAAAGUGCUGGGAUUACAGGCUUGAGCCACCGCGCCCGGCCCAAGACAGGUUUUCUUUAGUUAAAACCUGAGAGGCGCCCCCAGCCGAUUGUGGUCAGAAGCCCCUUCUUUUACAGACUAAGCGUGUAUUGGUUUUAGAGUGAGGGCUCAUCAGGAGCUCGGAACGUGUGUGUGUGUGGAGAAGUUCGUGGCUGGGGUGGACGGACGGGAGGUUAUCUUGGGACAUCUUUCCAGCCCAGAGGUGGGUUUUCUCGAAGCUGGCGUCUUCCCGGCCGGAGGAGGGUUGUCUCGGGCUGGCAUGUCUCUGGUCGGGGAGGAGUUUGGAGUGUUUCUGGUUGGAGAUGUUAUUUGUAGUUUAUGAUUGUGCUGACUUUAGCCAUUAGGCUGAUGCCUUUUGGAUUUAGGUGGUUUUUGGUUAAGGUGAACUUUAGAAUGAGGGGCUUGUCCAAGACGGUGAUGCUCCUGCUCUGUCACAGAGGAGGGCCAGCGCGAGGUGGCAGGCGGGUGCCCUGGGCUCCUGCGGGAAGAUGGCAGCUGCUGGGGGUCAGUUUAUCCAGCCACUGACUCAGCUUGCGGCUGCCACCCUGGGCCCAGGGACAGCCAGGGGCGUCGUCUGCGAAUCACAGGGCCAGCCUGCCAGGGUGGUGACAGGCAGCCAAGGGGCGCGAGUGGAUUCGUCUGUGACUGAGGCUCUCCGGGGGUUCUCAGAGGCGCGGCUGUCAGCAUGAGCCCUGAAAGGAUGCCUCGGCUCCAGGUGCAGGCUCAGGAGGCUCUGGGGCCGGAAGAUUUAAGGACAGGAGUCCCAGUUCACCGUGAGAGGAACUCUCAGGGCACGGGAGCCCGAGGCGGCUGAGACUGAGGAUGGGUGGGUCCAGGCGGAGCUUUCAGGCUGUGAUAAGAAGGCUGGUGUCUCCCUCCAGGCCCCGGCAGCCUCCGAGGGGUCCCUGGUGCACCUGGGGCAGGGAGAGUGGGCUGCGGGGAGGCCGCACCAGCUCAGGCACCAGGGGUUGCCAGCCCUGGGGGAGGCGAGGUGGUUGCAUGGAGAGAGACUCGCCUCUGUGGGGCAUGGGUGGGGGGAGCUGAGGGUCUGCUCUGGUGUGGCCUCUGCGGGGUCCUGGAGGAAGGCGUGCCAGUGGCCGUGACAGAAGGGCCCGGGUGGCAGGAGCUUGCCAUCCUGGAGUGGGCCCAGUUCACCAUGGUCUGCAGGGAGCAGCGGUGCCAGGCUCAGCCCUGCCCCCCACUUGCCUUUUAUGUUCUGCAGCUUUUGCGGGGCCCCCAGAUCCUCUGCACGGGAACAGCUUGUACCAGAAGGUUCGGGCGGCCGCGCAGGACUUGGGGAGCACCCUGUUCUCGGACACCGUGUUGCCACUGGCUCCCUCCCAGCCUCUGGGGAACCCGCCUGCCACAGGCAUGGGCUCCCAGGCCAGGCCGCACAGCACCCUCCAGGGUUUCGGCUACAGCAAGGAACAUGGCCGCACGGGGAGCUCACACGGGAAAGGCCGGCCCCUCCCCAGCCCUGGACACACCUCCCUGAGCCAAGGCCGAGCCCAAGCCCCUUAGGACACCCUCACCCCCAGAGGACAGAGCAGAGGGACGGAGGCAUAACUGCUGUGAGCUGGGUGUCCAGGCCACUGGGCGUGGGAAUGCCAAAGUGGAGUCCACCGGGAGCUUCCAGAGGGCCUGGGGUCCACCCGGAGGCCUCCCUCCCUGCAGCGUGUACCCCGACCUCCCCAAGCCUGAGCAGGGAGCCCAUGCGGGCACCCCGCUCCCAGAGAACGCGGGUGGGGGCCGCACUGGGCGGCCGUCCCAUCUCCCUCUCCUCAGGUGCAGGCUCGGCAGGCGAAGCCUUCCUCUCCACCAUCCAGAAGGCCGCGGAGGUGGUGGCCAGCGCCAUGCGCCCCGGGCCCGAGAGUCCCAGUACCCAGAGGCUCCUGCCGCGGGGUGACACCUACCAGCCUGCCACGAUGCCUUCAGCCAGCCACGGUCCCCCACCCCUGGGGAACCCACUCCCUGGGGCUAUUCCAGGUCCCCGAGCCGUGAGGCAUCAGCCUGGGCAGGCCGGAGGGGGCUGGGACGAGCUGGACAGCAGCCCCAGCUCUCAGAAUUCCUCCCAGAACAGUGACCUGAGCAGGGUCUCAGACUCGGGCAGUCAUUCUGGCAGCGACAGCCAUUCAGGGGCCAGCCGGGAGCCGGGCGACCUGGCAGAAAGGGUUGAGGUGGUGGCCCUGAGUGACUGUCAGCAGGAGCUGAGCUUGGUGAGGACUGUGACUCGGGGACCACGCGCCUUCCUGAGCCGCGAGGAGGCACAGCACUUCAUCAAAGCGUGUGGACUGCUCAACUGUGAGGCUGUGCUGCAGCUGCUGACCUGCCACCUGCGUGGGACCAGUGAGUGCACGCAGCUGAGGGCCCUGUGUGCCAUCGCCUCCCUGGGGAGCGCCGACCUCCUUCCCCAGGAGCACAUCCUCCUCCGCACCCGGCCGCGGCUGCAGGAGCUCAGCAUGGGCAGCCCGGGACCUGUGACCAACAAGGCCACCAAGAUCCUGAGGCACUUUGAGGCCUCCUGUGGGCAGCUGUCCCCUGCCCGGGGCACCUCAGCCGAGCCUGGCCCCACAGCCGCCCUCCCAGGCCCAUCUGACCUGCUGACUGAUGCUGUGCCUCUUGCUGGGAGCCAACUCUUCCUCGAGCCUCUGAGUUCAACCGCAGUCUCAUGCCAGAGCCCUGCUCCCUCAUCUGGGAUGCCGCCGAGCCCUGUGCCCACCCCACCCCCGGAUGCCUCCCCCGUUCCAGCCCGCGGAGACCCCAGCAAGGCCAAGGCCAGACUGGCAGAAAGCAGGGGGUGGGGACCUGAACGGGUCCUGGGGGGCACAGACAGCCCAGAGAGAGGCUCCAGCAACUGUGCGUGGAGCCGCGACUCCUUGUUUGCUGGUAUGGAGCUGGUGGCCUGCCCCCGCCUGGUGGGGGCCGGGGCUGCUGCAGGAGAGUCCUGCCUUGAUGCUCCCCAAGCCCCGCAAACAUCAUCCCAGAGGACAGCAGUCAAAGAGCCUCCUGGCUCAGAGCCGUCAGCUUUCGCGUUCCUGAACGCCUGACCCGAUGGCCUGGCCCUGGAGCCUUCAGCUUCAGCUGCUGCCUGGGGGGCUCUGUGCUUCCUGAGCAGCCUCAACCGUAGCUGCUACAGUCUCCAGGCAACUUGACCUGAGAGGAGGACCCUAGGGCUACCUCAGUUUCCCCCAUCUCCUCUGCCAGAGGCUCUGGCUAUUUGGACUUGAAUUCCUACAAGGGAUAGGCAGGUGGCAGGGCCUCAGAAAUGUUGAUCUCAGGAGUCCCAGGGGGCAGCCCCUGCUUGUCUUGCCCUCAGACAUGAGGUUUCUUGUGUGAAUAUGGAAGCGACUACCAGGUUCUUUAUUUCAUUUUGAUCUCAGCUCCCUCCUUCCCCAGGAGGUCAUGAGCAGUAAGCCACCGCCUCCCCAUCCCUUCGGGGUGGGCUGGGGGCUGAGGCUGGGUUUGGUGCACGUGGGUUGAGGGUGUCUUGUCCGGGCUGCCUUGUGCCGUCUGGUCUUUGACCAUUUCAAGUUUCAGAUCCCCACGUGGCCCUUCCCUGGCUCUCACCUGCUCCUUCAUGCUGUAAUUGCUUCCCGCACACGAAGCCUCUGAUUGGAGCCUCUGGUCCAUCUCAGAAGAACCUUCCGAGAGCGCUGGGGUUUAUGCUUUCUGAAUAAACACUACUGUUUACAUGAA